AUGUCGGACGAGAUCAAAGACACUGCUGUGGACAUUCACAGAUCCAAGGCCGAUAGCACCAGAGUUGAGGUUGAAGAGCUUAUCCGCGACGAAGAAAAAGUCAGAGUCAAGCACUGGUAUGACGCCUUCAUCAGACUCUUCUACUGGUACCCAGGCGACAUCUACGACUCCAGAGAACGUAAGUUCCUGACCAAACUAGACACCUGUUUGCUGGUUUACACCUGUGUUUCAUAUUUCACCAAGGCCCUUGAUAAGAGCAACAUUACAAAUGCCUACACAACAGGAAUGAAAGAGGACAUUAACUUUGGCGGAGAUGAUCUUUCCUACGCCAAGUCGUUAUACUCCGCGGGCUACAUUGUCUCGAUGGCGGUGGGUACCUUGCUUGUGACUCAAUCUUGGGCAAGAUUCUUGCUACCCUCCUUUGAGCUGGUGUGGGGUGUUCUUACUUUCUGUGGUGCAGCCGUUUCUCAGCCAAAGCACAUCUUCUGUCUGCGUUUCCUGAUUGGAUUCUGCGAGGGAAUCGCAUUCCCAUCGUCUGUCUACAUCUUGGGAAGUUGGUACACAAGAGACGAGGUUUUCCGGAGAGUCAUGGCGUUUUCUGUUUCAUCGAGUUUGGGUGGUAUGUUUUCUGGAUAUCUGCAAACCGCGGCCUACAACAACUUGAGCGGUAAGGGAGGUCUCAGUGGAUGGAAGUGGGGAUUCAUCAUUGACGGAAUUGUCACUGUGCCUGUGGCCUUUUUCGGAUUCGCAUUUUUCCCAGGUCCGCUGCAGGCCAAGUCGCAGAAGAAAACCAAGCCAAUUUGGUGGAUGAACCAGGACGAUUACGAGCUUGCUGUUGAUCGCCAGAUCAGAUCCGGUAUCGAUGGAUCCAGACAGUACGACUGGGCUAUCGUCAAGAAGACCUGGUUUAACUGGCCUAUCCACUUCUUUGCCACUUUCUGGGUGCUGCUCAACAUCGUGGCCCUGCCUGACGGAACAGCCAUGCCAUUGUGGCUCAAAUACGAGCAGAAAACUAACCACAGAUUCACGCAGGGGGACGUUAAUAAUUACCCAACAAUCCAAUCUGCAGUGGGGGUGGUUGCUCAAUUUUUCUUGGCAGGACUGUCCGACUCAUUUUCUAUUUAUCCAUUUUUGGCAUUUACGCAGAUCUGUUUUAUUAUUGCCUACUCAUCGCUCGCUGCCUGGGACAUUGCCUGGGGGUGGAAGUGGGUGUGUAUGCUUGCGAUCGGUUUGGACGUGGUUAACCAGGCCAUUGUGUCUGGAUGGAUCAACAGAGUGUGUCGUCACGAUAGUCGUGGCCGUGCGUUUGUGAUUGGCUAUUCCGACGCUGUUUCGCAGGCCAUCAAUAUCUGGACCAACAUUGUGUUUUACCCAACGAGCCAUGCUCCAAAAUUCCGUUUAGGAUUCAUCAUUUCUACGAUCGCCGCCUUCUUGAUGCUUAUCUUACCAAUUGCUGAGAUUUACUUGACCAAAAGAGAUACGGCCAAGUACAUCGAGAGAAAAGAGCGCGAGCUAGCAGAGCAAGAGUCUCUCGAGGUCUUUGAAAAAAACUAA